AUGGAGACCCCCUUCCCAUCCGCCACCCGGGAAGACGCGCCUAGUGGGAGAUUGAUAUAUUUUUCACAUCCUCAUGUGCAUUCCAAAUUACGAAAUGGUAGUACAAAGGGAGGCCGUGGAAAUUCAAGAUCUUCAACUUCUACAGAAAAGAACGGAGGAGGUUCCUCUGUUUCAUCCGGCAAUGGAGGCUCUACACCCAGCACGUCGCCAACAGCAUUUUUACCACCUCGUGGAGAGAAGCGAAAAUCAAAAGAUGAGCCGGCAUCACCUUUAAAUACUGAUAAUGAAACGUUGGCUACACCAAUGGUGAAUGCAAGUGGUAUUCCAAUUUCUCUUACUGGAGGAGGAUUAGCAAAUCAACCACAAAGUUUGAUAAACCCGGUAACUGGUCUUAAUGUCCAAAUAAAUACAAAAAAAUGCAAGAAUACAACGCCAUGUGCUAUAUCACCUAUAUUAUUGGAAUGCCCUGAGCAGGAUUGCAGCAAAAAGUAUAAGCAUGCUAAUGGUUUACGUUAUCACCAAUCGCAUGCCCACGGAAGUAUUUCAAUGGUCGACGAUGAUUCCAUGGCAGAUAUUGACGAUUCUAACAUAACCCCUAUUCCCAGCCCAGUAUGCAUAGCAUCAGCUCCAACAGAUUCUGAAGUCGUAGAAAAUGUAUCGUCAAUAAUAAUACCGCAAACGUCAACACUUAACAUUUCAGAUCCCUCAAAAUUGUCGCAGAGAAAAUCGAGCGACCAAGAAACCGAGUCGUCCCCGUCGGUCCUUUUGGAAAAUGCUAUCGAAGCCGAGAGUGAAAUAAUAUCUACCGUCAGUGAUGACAUUAUACAAAAUGAUCCUGCUCUAUCUAAGUGCCCAAAAGUACUUAAUGUUUCUAAUAAUACCCCUGAAUUGGCUUCUCCUUGUCAGCCAGUAAAUGUUUCUGACAACGAUGUUGACUUAAAUGUGAUUUCGAAAGUAGAACAUUCUUGUGAAGAUGGUUCUGAGCACAACCAAAGUGAAAACUUAGGAGUAUUGCGAUACGGACAGCCAGAUUCUGCAGACAGUGCCCCAAACAUUGCGUCUAUAGAAAACGAAGACACCUUAAGCCAAGCUCGGCAAGAUGAGUUUACAGCUGAACAGGGAAAGUCGAGGCCUGUGUCAAAUCCUUUGUGUAAAGACAAUUGUAGUGUGCAACAACAAAUAGAAAAGAACGAUACAGUGGGUGUUAGUAACGAAAUAUCUGCUACUAAUUCUAAGGAAAAUAACACAUCUUCCAAGUCACCUGUUAUUGCCAAACAAAAAAAACCUAGGAAGUCUCCUGGUCUUGGUGAGUUUGAUGUUGAUGGGUUCAGCACGUGUAAUAUGCCUUCACGCGAAGAGGUCCAAAGUCCCGCUUACAGUGACAUAUCCGAUGAUUCUACUCCUGUAAACGAACAUCAGAUUCCUGAGAAAGCUCUUCCACAAAAAACAUCUGACAUGGCAAAAAAAUCUCCUGAAAUUAUUUUAUCUUCGGGAGCUGGUUGUUCCUCUAAUAUUCAAACUGCAGUCACAUCAUCUCUAAGUGGAUAUGGUGUUUAUCAAUUUUAUCAACAGCAGCAGUUCUUGGGACAACCACCAAUUGAACAGCAGUCCAAUAAAAAUAGUAUAUCAGGAAGUGCCAUUCAUCAGUCACUCUCUGUGUCUUGUCCAGCACAGCAGUCACCUAAUAACAUUGACAUUAACAGAAAAGAUCCUGCCUUGGAUUUAAUAACAAAACCAACAUCUGCAACUUUACAUGAUUCAAGCACUUCGUCACAUGAUAUUAAGGAUGCAAGUCAAAUUCAGUCUUCUACAGCACCGAAUCAAGUUCCAACCAGUUUGCCAUUAGCGUCGAGUACUAUAAAUUCUGCCCCAAAACCUGUUUCACAUUUUUAUUCAUUUAACUACAUGUCACCUGGCUAUCCCUUUAAUGUCGAUCAGAACUAUGGCCCCAUUUCUAUUGGGUCUGAAGAUGGCAAAAGUAACCGACACGCCGGUAUAUUAAGUCCAACUGAUCAACAGAAUUCUAUUAUAUUCAAAGAUGAUAAAGGGAAGGAAAUGAACAGUCCGAAUGAAAAUAUUAAAACCUUUCAACAACAGAAUACCCCAAACAAGGGUCUAAAAACGGAAGGAACUCCAAAAACGGAAAAUUUGAAGAUGGAUCCAGCAACAUCCAGUUCAACACAAAUUUCGCAGAUACCUUUGCAUAAUAAAGAUUUGCAAGGUAUGGGAUCCUACUCGAAUAUAUACCAAAGGCAUCCAAUGACACUAAAUGCUCAGCAGAUGUCACGCGAAGAGGAAUUAAGAAGAUAUUAUAUAUUUUCCGAUCAACAACGUCGACAGAAUAAUACAGCGCCUAGUAUUAAUAUGAAUACUCAAAACUUAGGAUGUGGUAGCCAAAGCAAUCUCUCACAAUGUAAGGAUGACCCUUCAUCUGCUCAAGUAAGCACCGCUUCACAGCAACAGCAGAUAAAAAUUAAGCAGAAUAUGCCGAACAGUGUGGGUACCAAUGCUAACAAACAUAUGCCAGGUGCAAAAGAAUCUCCCCCAAAACAAAAACAAGAUGACGAUGUAAAAAUUAUAAAACAGGAGGGACAAAAACCAACAAUGGAAACUCAAGGCCCACCGCCCCCUCCGACAUCGCAGUACUUUUUGCAUCCAUCGUACAUGGCUCCCACACCAUUCGGAUUUGAUCCGAAUCAUCCUAUGUAUAGAAAUGUUUUGAUGCCCCCAACUUCGCCAUAUAAUGCAACUCCUUAUCAUUUACCAAUACCCCGAUAUCAUGCACCAGAAGACCUGUCCAGAAACACUGGAGCUAAAGCUUUAGACGUUCUCCAUCAUGCUGCCAGCCAAUACUAUACUACACACAAAAUUCACGAGCUCAGUGAGAGAGCUUUAAAGUCGCCUAAUAAUGUCAAUACUAGUAAUGGAACAAACACGGUAAAAUGUAGUGUUUCUAGUCCAAGCAUUGGUUCAACACAGCAUUCUACUAUAAACGCGAAUACAAGUGGACAUCAUUCUAAUACAGCUCAAUCAACUUCUUCAUCACAAUUACCACACAAUUUAUCACAGACAAUAACACCCACUUCAAAUAAAGUUGAUAUUUCGGGACAAAAAUCUCAAGGUAGUGGGCCUAGUAUGGGAAAUAUUCAACACAGCGAUUCACAGAAAUCUCAGCCAAACAACAAUUCUACAGUUGUAUCAAGCAGCACAAUUGUCAAUGCUACCGGUAGUGGCGGUCCUGAUUCUCGUAGUCCACCUCCUCAAAGGCAUGUUCAUACCCAUCAUCAUACACAUGUAGGUCUUGGAUAUCCAAUGUAUCCGGCACCUUAUGGGGCUGCUGUACUUGCCAGUCAACAGGCUGCUGCUGUAGCUGUGAUAAAUCCUUUUCCACCAGGACCAACCAAGUAAACGCAGAACGGAAAUUU